AUGGGUAUGCAAUUGGGCAAUCUAGCUGCUCGUCCAGAACCGCCUAUACUUGGUCCGUCCUCUGGUUCGCUUGAUAGUGGUAAUGGUCUGAGCACCAGUCCCGGUGGCCCGGGUGGUUCGAUCGGUUACAGCUAUGGUCCACCCCCACCAUCGCCGUCCAUCACCAUUAACAGCUACGGUUCGGCCACCUCCGAGUACGGACCACCGACGCAGGCCCCCAUCAUACACAAGCACGUGUACGUGCAUGUACCACCACCGGAACCGGAGUACGUCACUACCAGGAAACCGGUCGUGGUGCCGCCGCCCCAGAAACAUUACAAAAUAGUGUUCAUAAAGGCACCGUCCCCGCCGACGCCCGCCCCACCAGUGCUGCCCCCGAUCCAACAAAACGAAGAGAAAACGCUCGUGUACGUGCUGGUGAAGAAACAGGACGAACCGGAAGAGAUCGUCAUACCGACGAUUGCGCCGACGCCACCCUCCAAGCCGGAAGUGUACUUCAUCCGCUACAAAACACAGCGAUCAUCGGCCGAGCACGGGAGUAAUGGCGGUGGACCAUAUCCGGAGAGUGGCGGACCAACGCCACCCACCGAGUACGGUGCACCGCCAGUACCGAGCCAAAGCCCCAGCAACAGUUACGGUGUACCGCUAUAG